UGAGGCCUCGGGGCAGGCAGCGCCCGGAGCGGCGGCGGGAGCGGCGGGAGCAGCGCGAUGGCGGAGGAGCGGCCGCUCGCCCGGGUGACCUGCACGGCGCCCGUCAACAUCGCCGUCAUCAAGUACUGGGGCAAGCGGGACAAUGACUUGAUCCUGCCCAUCAACUCCUCCCUGAGCGUGACACUGCACCAGGACCAGCUGAAGACCACCACCACGGCCGCCGCCAGCCGGGACUUUGCGGAGGACCGGCUGUGGCUGAACGGGGAGGAGGCCGACGUGGGGCACCCCCGGCUGCAGGCCUGUCUGCGGGAGGUGCGGCGCCUGGCCCGCAAACGCCGCGGCGGCAGCGCCGAGGACGCGGCAGCGCUCAGCCUGUCCUACAAGAUCCACAUCGCCACCGAGAACAACUUCCCCACCGCCGCCGGCCUGGCCUCCUCUGCCGCCGGCUACGCCUGCCUGGUCUCGGCGCUGGCGCGGCUGUACGGCGCGGCGGGGGAGCCCUCGGAGCAGGGGCAGCCGUCGGAGCAGGGGCAGCCGUCGGAGCAGGGGCAGCCGUCGGAGCAGGGGCAGCUGUCGGAGGUGGCGCGGCGCGGCUCGGGCAGCGCCUGCCGCAGCAUGAUGGGCGGCUUCGUGCAGUGGCAGCGGGGCGAGCGGCCCGACGGCAGGGACAGCAUCGCCCGACAAGUAGCCCCCGAAACGCACUGGCCAGAGCUCAGGGUCCUCAUCCUGGUGGUCAGUGGGGAGAAGAAGCAGGUGGGCAGCACAGCAGGGAUGCAGACCAGUGUGGACACCAGCCCCUUGCUGAAGCACCGGGCAGAGGUGGUGGUGCCGGAGCGCCUGGCCCUGAUGACCCGGCACAUCCGUGAGCGGGAUUUUGAGGGUUUUGGGAAGCUCACCAUGCAGGACAGCAACCAGUUCCAUGCCACCUGCCUCGACACCUUCCCCCCCAUCUUCUACCUCAACGACAUCUCCCGGCAGAUCAUUGCCUUGGCACACCGCUUCAACGCCCACCACGGGCACACCAAGGUCGCCUACACCUUUGACGCCGGCCCCAACGCUGUCAUCUUCACGCUGGCUGACAGCGUGGCCGAGUUCGUGGAGGUGGUGAGACGCAGCUUCCCCCCUGCCAUCAAUGGGGACCGGUUCGUGCGGGGGCUGCCCGUGGGCUCGGCCUCGCUGCCCGGGGAGCUGCUGGCGGCCGUGGUGACGGAGCCGGUGCCGGGGGGCAUCCAGUACAUCCUGCACACCAAGCCCGGCCCUGGCCCCCAGCUUGUGGAUGACCCCAGCCAGCACCUCCUGGGAGCCGAUGGCCUCCCCCGGCGCAGCCCCUGAGCCCCGGUGACACUGACAGGGACGGCUGUGACAUGCUGGGGGGCUCUGCCAGUGCCCGCCAUGGGGGCUCAGGGUGCUGCAUCCGGCCUGGUGCGAAGCUGUCCCCAGCCCCGGGGCAGGAUGUGACCCCCCUGGGCUGGUUUUCACUCUUUUGUAAGGAAAUAGAGAUUUUUCUGCUGCA